AAAUAUAAUGAAUAUAAACACACUAACACAGGUAACAAGACAAAGAAGAACAGGUUUGUGUGUGUACACACAAUAACAUACAGAGCAGAGAAUAGGAAUCGAUUCGAUUCACCGACUGGUUGAACCAUAGAAAGAGAGAGAGAGACUAGGAGAGAGUCUCUAUCCAUCUUCUUCUCUGAUUCUAGAGCAGAUCUAGUAGCGAAGACGAUAAGAUCCAUCGCCAUGGCCAAAGAGAGAGACCAUCACUCUAACAAGGACAAGAAGCUUCUCGUCGGCGUCAUAUGGAACUUCUCCACCGAGCUCAAGCUCAUCUUCAUGGCGUUACUUGUCAUCUUCACUUUAGCCACUCUCCUACCUUUCAUACCUUCUUCAUUCUCCCUCUCCGCCUCAGAUUUCCGCUUCUGCAUCUCGCGCUUCUCCCCCGCCGUUCCCGUUAACAUCACAUCCACCGCCGUUAACGUUAUACCUGAAAAAACUACAGAGCCGGAGAUAGUUAACGGCGUUAUCAAACGGACGUUUACUGGUCACGGCUCCGCGGCUUAUAACUUCGUCACGAUGAGCGCGUACAGAGGCGGCGUUAACUCCUUCGCCGUUAUCGGCUUAUCAUCGAAACCCCUCCACGUGUACGGCCACCCUUCGUACCGCUGCGAGUGGAUCCCUCUCGACCCGACCCAAGACCCGGUUUCCACAACCGGGUUUAAAAUCCUAACCGACUGGGGAUACGGACGGAUCUACACGACCGUCGUCGUGAACUGCACUUUCCCAACAACCUCCGCCGUGAACCCCCAAAACUCCGGCGGAAGCCUCAUCCUCCACGCCACCACCGGAGAUCCAUCGCUAAACCUCACCGACUCGAUCCCAGUCCUAACGGAAUCUCCAAACUCCGUCGACUUCGACCUCUACACCUCACCGGAGAAGAAAAAGUACGACUACCUCUACUGCGGCUCGUCUCUCUACGGCAACCUAAGCCCGCAGAGAGUCAGAGAGUGGAUCGCGUACCACGCGAGGUUCUUCGGAGACCGUUCGCAUUUCGUGCUCCACGACGCCGGAGGGAUCCACGGCGACGUGUUCGAGGUUCUAAGGCCGUGGAUUGAGCUCGGGAGAGUGACGGUGCAUGACAUUAGGGAUCAGGAGCGGUUCGAUGGGUAUUAUCAUAAUCAGUUCAUGGUUGUGAAUGAUUGCUUGCAUAGGUAUAGGUUUAAGGCCAAGUGGAUGUUCUUCUUCGAUGUUGAUGAGUUUAUGUAUGUUCCGGAGAAGGAGACGAUUAAGUCGGUUAUGGAAUCUUUGGAGGAAUAUUCUCAGUUUACUAUUGAGCAGAUGCCGAUGAGUAGUAAGAUUUGUUACUCCGGCGAUGGUCCGGCGAGAACUUACAGGAAAUGGGGAUUUGAGAAAAUGGCAUAUAGAGACGUGAAGAAAGUUCCAAGACGAGACCGGAAGUACGCGGUCCAGCCACAAAAUGUAUUUGCAACGGGAGUCCACAUGUCUCAGAAUCUACAAGGGAAAACAUACCACAAGGCAGAGAGCAAAAUCCGUUACUUCCAUUACCACGGUUCCAUCUCUCAGCGCCGGGAGCCUUGCCGUCACCUAUUCAAUGACUCGAGAGUUGUGUUUGAGAAUAAUCCUUAUGUGCUCGACACUACGAUCCGCGACGUUGGUCUUGCUGCGAAGAUGUUCGAGAUGAGAACGAUCGGUGACCGACUGCUUAGGACACGCCAAUGAAAAAUACUUUAAUGUAUUAAAUGUUUAUUAGAAAAGAAAGGAUUAGAGGUUAUGAAGUGAAGAUGGGGGAUAUGCUUUACUUUAGUGGUUUCUUUUGGGCUAUUCUUUUAUUGUAUCAUAAUUUCGGUUAUCGGUUUAUUAAUUCUUAGUAUAUAUUUUUCAUUGU